UCUCAUAGCAAACAAUUUCAAAUUCAAAAUCCAAAAAAAAAAAAAAAUCUUCUUCUUCUUCAAUCUUCAAUGGCGACGGGAAAAAGCUACUACGCAAGGCCCAGCUACCGCUUCCUCGCCACCGAUCAGCCGUACCACGUCGGCGAUUCGGGAUUCGAAUUCGAAGAAUCCGAUCUGUACUCCUCCGCCGGAUCCGCUCUCUCCGAGUCGCCGGAGAUCCGUCGCAAGCUCUCGACCUCCGGACGCAUCGGGAAAAAACCGUCGGCUCGUCCAGCAUCGGCUGCGGGAGCAGCGUCGUCGCUGCCGGUGAACGUGCCGGACUGGUCGAAGAUUCUCAGGGAGGAGUACCGCGAUAACCGCCGGGGAAGCGGAGAUUACGAUGACGGAGACGGAAACGAUUGGUCGGACGCCGGGGGAGGGCGCGUGCCGCCGCACGAAUUCCUGGCGAGGACGAGGAUGGCGUCGUUCUCGGUGCACGAAGGUGUGGGGAGGACACUGAAAGGGAGGGAUCUUAGUAGGGUUAGAAAUGCAAUUUUUGAAAAGAUCGGGUUCGAGGAUUAAGGUUUAAGAAAUUUGAGGUCCCUCUUCUUCUUUUUUUGUUACAAAUAAUCAGUUGGGGAGGCAUAUUUAUAUAUUUGCAGAAAAUGCCCUCUUUUAUGAUAUUUUCAGAAAAUCUUACCAUGUAAUUUUUGGUUUUUUUUUACCUGAGAUUGUGUCCUAAUUCGCGGAUGAGGAAUAGAUAAUUUUGUUUUUUAUGAUAUUAUAUCAUGCGAAUUUUAUUA